UCAUAUCAACCCCAUAUAAUAUAACCCCCGAUGCUCAAAAUUCAAAAACAACCUUACAAAACCAAAGUUCAAACAGAAAAUGAAAUUUACCGGCGUACACGUGGCGGUGGCAGUCCUCAUCGCCGCCGCAACCUCCACCGUGGUCACCUCUUGCCCGCCAUCAGACCGGGCAGCAUUAUUAUCCUUCAAGUCCACCCUGACCGAGCCCUAUUUAGGCAUUUUUAACACAUGGACCGGAUCCGACUGUUGCACUAACUGGUACGGUGUAAGCUGCGACCCGACUGAUAGCCGGGUCAACGAUAUUAUCCUACGUGGCGAGUCUGAAGAUAAGAUAUUUACCCAAACCGGCCGGUCCGGUUACAUGACCGGUUCACUCUCCCCUUCGUUAUGUCAACUAGACCGGCUGACGUCACUCAUCGUCGCCGACUGGAAAGGAAUCUCCGGCGGGAUUCCGGCGUGUACCACCGCCUUACCUCACCUCCGCAUUCUUGACCUUAUCGGCAACCAGCUCACCGGAAAACUACCUUCCGACAUCGGAAAGUUAGAAAAACUCACAGUGUUAAACGUCGCGGAUAACAAACUCUCCGGUGAGAUUCCGGCAUCGAUUGUGAAUUUAAAAAGCUUAAUGCAUCUAGAUUUGAGCAAUAAUAAAAUCUCCGGUGGGAUUCCGGCAGAUCUCGGAAAACUAUCGAUGAUGAGCAGAGCGUUACUCAACCGGAAUCAACUCACCGGAGCAAUUCCAGCGUCGAUUUCCGAGAUCUACCGGCUUGCGGAUCUAGAUCUGUCAACAAACAUGAUUUCCGGAACGAUUCCUGAACAAAUCGGAUCGAUGCCGGUGUUAUCUACGCUAAAUCUAGACAGUAACCGGAUCUCCGGCGAGAUUCCGGCGAGUUUGUUGAGGAAUUCCGGUUUAAAUUUACUGAAUUUGAGUCGGAAUCUUCUGGAAGGUCACUUACCGGAUGUUUUUACUCCGAUGACGUAUUUUUCGGUGCUUGAUUUGAGUAAUAAUCGGCUGAAAGGUGCGAUUCCGAAGUCGUUAUCGGCGGCGAAGUAUAUUGGGCAUUUGGAUCUGAGUAAUAACCGCCUGUGUGGGAAGAUUCCGGUAGGGUUUCCGUUUGAUCAUCUUGAAGCGUCGUCGUUUAGUAAUAAUGAUUGUCUCUGUGGGUUGCCGCUCAUGCAGGUGUGCUAGUGGUACGACGUCGUAUUGUUGUUUUUUUCCAGGUUAAGUAUCUACCGUUGUUGAAUGUCAUGAAAUGUUAAUACGUAUUUUCGUUGAGCAUCUCAAUUAUUAGCUUCUUAAUAUGUAUUUCAAAUAUUAGUAGGAGAAAUUAUUGUCAAA